AUGGCUGUAGCCUCCACAACUGCAAGUUCUCCAAUGGAUUCCUGUUCCUCCGUAGUCUCCAGUUCCACCUCCAAGCUGAUCCUUUACUUGCUGACCAGUGGGCUCAUCAUGACGACGUUCCUUGGGAAUAUUCUUGUGAUCUCCUCCAUAGUGUAUUUCAAACAGCUUCGCUCCCCGACCAACUCCUUCGUGCUGUCGCUGGCAGUGGCAGAUUUCCUAGUCGGGGUUAUGGUGAUGCCCUAUAGCAUGGUACGUUCCAUUGAAGGAUGCUGGUACUUUGGCUCGGGGUUUUGUAGACUUCACUCCAGCCUGGACGUCAUGCUUUGUUCUGCAUCCAUUCUGCACCUGAGUUGUAUAGCCUUCGAUCGAUAUUAUGCUGUGUGCAACCCUCUACUAUACGGUUACAAAAUGUCUACAAGAAGGGUGUCUAUUCUCAUCUGUACAUGUUGGUUUAUACCUGUGCUCAUUUCAUUCGCCCCCAUAAUGCUUGGACUGCACCUUCUGGGGAUGGAGCACCUAUGGCAGGAAGGCGCCUGUCUCUUUGUAGUGAAUCAGAUCUACUCCGUCUGCGCCUCUUUGAUUGCUUUCUAUUGUCCUAUGAUCAUCAUGCUUGUGGCCUACUGUCGGAUCUACCGGGCAGCAAGGAACCAGGCACUUCGGAUACACGCGAUGGAGCGAAAUGUGAGCAGCGGAAACGCUAGCGAUGGUCCCAUGAAGAAAAGAAAGUAUUCACUCAAAAGGGAGAGGAAGGCGGCCAAGACCUUGGGGGUGAUCAUGGGAUUAUUUCUGCUCUUUUGGACUCCCUUUUUCACAGCCAAUAUUGUAGACCCUCUCAUCGGAUACAAAAUGGGGACGGUAGAGUGGGAAGUCUGUCUCUGGUUGGGUUACGUGAAUUCUGCUCUGAACCCGUUCUUGUACGGAUUGUUCCAUAAAUCCUAUCGCAGGGCUUUCUUUAUGAUUGUCGGAUGCCAAACUUGCUACUCCGGAACAUCUCAGAACAUUGAGCUGUCCACCGCAAAACAAGAGAAAGUCAGGCGCCAAAUGAACGUUCUACACUAG